AUGGACGGCGAUACGAUGUUGGGUGGCCUCAUGAUGGUCCAUGAGCGACAGGAGGACAUGAUAUGUGGACCAGUGAUGCCCCAGGGCGGCAUACAAGCUCUGGAGGCGAUGCUCUUCACUCUGGACUACAUUAAUGAUCCCCGGAACGGCGUCUUGGACCGAGGCAUGAAAGUGGGGGCCCGCAUCUUCGAUGACUGUGAUAAAGAAACCUAUGGCUUAGAACAAGCUGUCGACUUCAUUAAAGGUUCCAUCAGCAACAUCCACGACCAGGAAUACAAAUGCAGCGACGGUUCCUCCAGCAAAGUGAAGGUCAUCGAUGGGGUCGUGGGUGCUGCCUCUUCGGUUACCUCCAUUCAAGUCGCCAACCUCCUGUGCCUCUUUAAAAUUCCACAGGUGAGCUUCUUCUCGACGUCGCCCGAGCUGAGCAACAAGCAGCGCUUCGAGUAUUUCACGCGCACCAUUCCAUCGGACCAGCACCAGGUGGACGCGAUGAUUGAAAUCGUCCGCAUGCUGAACUGGACCUACAUCUCGAUUAUCUACGAGGAGUCCAGCUACGGCAUAAAGGCUUACGAGCAGCUGCAGGACAAGCUCGGGCACUAUAACAUCUGCAUCGCCGUCAAGCAGAAGCUCACUAAGGACUCUGGCGUCGGCAACGACACGACGUACGACAACAUCGUCAUGAACCUCCUCACCAAGUCCAGGGCGCGGGGUGUGAUCGUCUUCGCCUCAGACCAGGAGGUGGCACAGGUCAUGAAGGCCGUCAUCCGCAAGAAAGAGACCAACACCUUCUCCUGGAUCGGCUCCGAUGGCUGGUCGGCUCGAGCUCUCGUUUUCGAAGGUAAUGAGGCGGUCGUGGAAGGCACCUUAUCAGUCCAGCCACAAGCCAAUGCAGUCAGGAACUUCAAAGAAUACUUCACAAAUCUUACCAUCGAAACUAACACAAGGAAUCCUUGGUUUUAUGAAUAUUGGGAAGACCACUUCAAAUGCAAGUACAUCAACAAGCCCUACACGCCCUACAACAGGAACUACACCCGCAACUGCUCGGGCGACCAUCUCUCCGCCACCGACACUCCCAUCGAGGCUCAGCUGCAGUUCGUGAGCGACGCCGUAAUGGCGUUCGCGUACGCCUUCAAAGACUACCACACAAAAUACUGCAACGGGACGCAGUUCAACAGCAAACCGUCGUCUGUUGGCAAGUGCAAGAUCGACGGUGAGAAGCUCCUCGCCAUCCUCAAGAAUGUCAGCUUCACCGGUCUGAGCGGCGAUCAGUUCCAGUUUGACGAGAACGGCGACGGCCCGGCGCGCUACCGCGUCAUUCACUUCCGUCGCGUCACGCCGACGCGGUACGAGUGGGUCGAGGUCGGCUCAUAUUCUGGCGGCAAACUCAAGCUCGACAUGGACAUGGUGAGGUUCCGGCCCAAUGAGCGCAUCCCUGGCAGCGUUUGCUCCGAGGAGUGCGAGCGCGGCAUGGCCAAGAAGGAGGUGGAGGGCGAGAGCUGCUGCUGGCACUGUCUCAAGUGUACUGAUUAUCAGAAGGAGGUGGAGGGCGAGAGCUGCUGCUGGCACUGCCUCAAGUGCACAGAUUAUCAGAUUGUGGUUGACGAUCGCUGUGACACCUGCCCUCAGUUCCAGCUGCCCUCGGCCGACCAGACGCAGUGCGUGCACAUCCCGGAGGCAAGCCUUGACUCAGCCAUCAUCUUGAUCUGCACGAUCUACGCCUGGAAGACGCGCAAGAUCCCCGAGUCUUUCAACGAGAGCAAAUACAUCGGCUUCACGAUGUACACGACGUGUGUGCUGUGGAUAGCAUUCCUGCCCAUCUACUACUCCACCAGCAACGAUAACUUGAUGCGCACAACCACGAUAGCGGUGACAACCAACAUGUCUGCCACGGUUGCCCUGGUGUUUCUUUUCCUGCCCAAGUGCCACAUCAUCCUGCUACAUCCUGAGAGAAAUCAACGAGUUUCCAGCUUCGGAGCUCCGCGGUUACACUCAAUGAAGAACCAGCAUCACAACACCAUCCUGGCGCACGCCAAGGUGCAGCGUGUCGACAUGUCUACGCAAAGCGACAACACAUACUACCCGACGUUCGAGAUGCAAGAGCGGCUUGUAGCGCAGCCCCGCGGCCGCGAUAUCGCCGACCUCGCGACAGCCGCGACGCAGACCUGCUUCGUGUGCCGCUCCGAGGACCACAACUGCCCGCACUCAGCGACGCAGACCUGCUUCGUGUGCCGCUCCGAGGACCACAAGUGCCCGCACUCACACCUGCUGCCUGCCGAGGGACUGACCUCAUCUCUGCGGCGCAGGAUACGAGAGCGUACGCAGGUUAUUGAGAGGGAGGAACUCUACGACGAGAACUCCUUCAUGGACAACUCGGACGGCAGUCCUAUUCCGUACAAACUUCAGGAAGAUGAGUCUUCUCCUGAUAAUGAUAGAAGUAUUGGUUAUGAAGACCAUUGUUCCAGAUCUCUCAAUGGAAGUUCGGGUAGUUAUACCAACACAGUUGUAGCUAAUACCGCAAACCUUCCUUCUAACAAUCACUGCACAACAUCUGGCAAUCUUCAGGGAAGUGUAAUUAGUAAUGAUACAACAGGGGUUAUUGAAAGCUGUAUUGCUACGGUCAAUAAUAACAGUUUCAGCAGCAGCGCCGUUAACAGCAACACUGGUGGCCAGCAUAUCAGCAGUAACGGGCCUCUACAAGACGUGCCUGAUGUGAUGUUGUAG